AUGGCAUUUUCAGACAAUUGCGCAGAGGAUGACAUUCCGCGUUUCGUCUCAUGGACAACUGUUGUCAUUAGCAGCUUACUAUGCGUCCUUACUGUACCAGUGAACAUGCUAACAUGCAUUGCUAUCAUUAAGGAUCCUUUCAAAGACUUGCGGACGCCAUUUAAUUAUUUUAUAAUUAACUUAGCUGUUGCUGAUUUGGUUAUCGGAUUUGUAACCUUACCUAGCUUCAUCAUCUAUCACUCCCGGGAGGCCAUUGAGGGAAAAAAGUUGAGCUGGAUCUGGGUAUUUCACUUGACGUAUUUCAUGUCACUUACAGCCUCGCUUCUGAGCUUGUCGGCGUUGGCUGUGGACCGCUGCCGCACAGUUACGUCAACCUCAUGUAGAAGGCUCAAGCCAAUGCAUGGAUAUCUAACUUCUGCCCUAAUAUGGUGCCUGUCGUUGAUUCUCCCGCUUAUUUAUCUUUUGAUAGAAGCAUAUUUAUUUAUAUUUGUAUUUAGUAACACGUCAGCCAUAGUAGUGUUCGCUAUUUUACUUGCCUCGCACAAGUCUACUUCAAAAACAAUGCAGAGCCAUGUAAAAAACUGGGAUACAAUAAAACACAGCGACUUCAAGCGGAGAGCCUUAGCGAGAGAGAGGAAGGUCACCAGAUCUUUUAUGACGAUUUUGACUGUUUUCUGUUCCACGGUGUUCCCAUCAUGCAUUGCUGCAAACAUCAUCAGUUUCUGCACCACGUGCUCCUGUGACAUCACGAACACAUUGCGUGACGUUUAUUUCCUCCUGCCCAUGAUUAUUGCAGCCACGAAUCAGUUACUUUACUCAAUGAGGAUGCGGAAUUUCCGCAGAGCGUACGUGUACUUGUUUCAGCAUACCGUAUUCAGCCAAAAAAUCCGGUCACGAAAGGAAUGUUACAGGAUGGACAAAAUUGCAAGAGGAAAUAAGGAGACUGAUCAAUGAGAUAAUGUUGAUGAAGCCAGUAGCAUAACAGGGAUGUUAAAAUUUCAAAUUAAGAAUAUGGUACAGUUACGCACCUAUAAAAACUAGAGUUUAUAGA